GGGACGCUAGUCAUUCGAUGGGACUGUCAGCACACGAGAAGGAACCAGUUUCACCGAGCUGCUGAAACUCAGAACAAUUACCUCGGAGAGGUGAGAUCAAGAGGUGAAACCCUCGGCAGGUGUGAGCAGCACAGAACUAGAUGGUCUGCAGCCAACCUGCAGUGACCGCAGGGAGCUAACACUGCCUCAACAGUUCCACGAGUAACUAGCGAAACCAAGGAGAUCUGCAGGAGAAUUACUAAACAAAAUCAAUACCAACGUUCCCCCAUCCCCAACCCCAAGUAAUUGAUCGGUGAGGGAGGAUUGAAGGAGCACCUUAAGAGAGGCUGGCAGGCGGGAGCCUGGGUGCUAGUGUUCGCCAUGUCUCAGCGACAGCAGGAGUCCUUGCACCGAUCAUCGCCACUGAAGGGUGUAGCCGAGGACCUCAGCCAAGUGAUGGAGAAGUUGGACACCAAUGAGCUCUAUCUGGAGGGAGAUGAGACGGACAUUGACACCACCGUCGGGACAAGGGCACCUGAUGGUGCCCAGAUCCCAUUCUCAGCUGUCUACACGACCAAAGGCUUCAAGGAGGCCGACGUCCAGGUCUACAUCACCGGAGCCCCCAUCAAAGCCCAUGUGGUGGAUGUCGAACGUUUCACAUCCACGAGGAAGGUGCCAAGUCCCAACAUUUACACCAUUGAACUGACACAUGGAGAGUUCAACUGGAGGGUUAAGAGGAAAUUCAAACACUUUCAGGAACUACACCGAGAACUUCUUCGCUAUAAAGCUCUGCUCCGCCUUCCGAUCCCGACUCGAAGGUUCACGGUGCGGCGACAGACGGUGAAGCAGGGGGAGCCGCGGACCAUGCCCUCUCUCCCCCGGAGCUCGGACCACAUCGUGCGCGAGGAGCAGAUCUCCAGCCGCCGGAAACAGCUGGAGGACUACCUGACCAAGCUCCUGAAGAUGGCCAUGUACCGCAACUACCACGCCAUGAUGGAAUUUAUUGGAGUCAGUCAGCUUUCCUUCAUUCACCAUCUUGGACACAAGGGCCUGGAAGGUUUUAUAAUGAAACGUUCGGGAGGUCAUCGAAUUCCCGGGCUCAACUGCUGUGGCAGGAACAAGGUCUGUUAUCGCUGGUCUAAGAGGUGGUUGACGGUGAAAGAGUCCUUCGUCACGUACGUGAAGCCGGAUUCUGGAGCGGUGGCCUUCGUCCUGCUGGUGGAUAAAGAGUUCAGCAUCAAGUUGGGCAUCAAGGACACGGAGACCAAGUACGGCAUCCGGAUCGAGAACCUGUCCAGGACUCUGAUCAUCAAAUGCAACAGUUACCGACACGCUCGAUGGUGGGGGCAGGAGAUCGAGAAGUUCAUUUGGGAACACGCCGCGGUCUACCUGAAAGACCAACGCUUCACAUCCUUCGCUACUGUGGACGAAGGCAUUCUGUCCAAAUGGUAUGUCAAUGCCAAAGGAUAUUUUGAGGAUGUGGCAGAUGCGCUGGAAAAUGCCCAGGAGGAAAUAUUCAUCACAGACUGGUGGUUGAGCCCAGAGAUCUUCCUCAAAAGGCCGGUGAUGGAAGGGAAUCACUGGCGGCUGGACUACAUUCUCAAACGCAAAGCGCUCCAAGGCGUGAAGAUCUUUGUGAUGCUCUACAAGGAGUUGGAACUUGCCCUGGGCAUCAACAGCGGCUACAGCAAGAGGACCCUGAUUAAACUGCACCCCAAUAUCAAGGUGAGUGGCCACACAAGGAACUGCAGGUGCUGGUCUACAAAAUAGACACGAAAUGCUGGA